AUGGCGGGAAGUUGCUGGUUGAUUUCUUUCUUAUUGCUAACACCGAUCAUUGUGGAAGCCUGGCGUAGCCAUGAGGUCAGGCGGCACCCUCGAGGUUUAAAGGGGGACGUACAUUAUCACUCCAAACGUCACAUGCUACCGCGUGAGAUUGAAGCGAGGAAACGCUUCAGUACCCAGACUCCGAAAGACGGGAGGAAGAAGCCAUCAGGCCACCUCAAACCACUGAACGAAGAUGACAUGGAAAAUGAUGAGGUAAUAUCAGUAGCAGUAGGCCCUCCAGCGAUUCGACCUCAAUACGAGAAAACAAUAAAACAUCCCUCCAGAACAACUACAUCGCAAGCAAUUAGUACAGGGACAAACAUUGUUAAAGAUGUAUUAACACAACUAGGAAGGGAGUUCUUAACCCAUCAAGUAACAGAAGACUUCGUAUUCGGACAAUAUAUAGGUAACUCUAUGAAAAACCUAACCAGCGAUUUGAAGCUGAAAAUGCAACACGAGAUAUUGGAACUUAUUGUUAAGUACCAGAAAGCACAGAAUGGUGAAGUCGUGCCAACCACAACUGUACAGCCGGAAGAAAGUAUCACUAACAGCAUUUUGAAGGAAAUUAAAGAUAUUAGAGACAGGAGAAAUGAGACUGAUGAAGGUUGGCCUGAUUUUAGUAAUUUGGCUAAAAUAGUUGGUUAA